GAACAAAGUCUCUCUUGCCCGUAUGAGAUUAUACCUGUAUCGCGCAGUUAUUCUUAAGCCUACGUAUAGGUAUAGGUGAAUUACGACAUGUGUAGGUACGACGAGGCGGGGCUGGACUGGAGAAUCGACGAAGGCGUUCGGUUAGCGUUCAAUCGAAUUCCUCAGAGCUAGGAUAUGAUUUACCGAAGGGCGAUCUAUUAUUCACGGAUCCUUCCAUCGCCGGGGAGAGCGCGCGCACGCGUCCGUCUCAAACCGCGGACGCGGCUACGACGUACCUCCACUGCGAUCACGCGUUUUCACCGCGACGAUUCGAGAACGUGUGUACAAACUUCCGCGCUAACUUGUCGACAAAAUUUUCCACUUCACCUCGCCAAGGAUAUAAUACGCAAAUGGAGAGAAAAGCCCUCGCCGCAUUCGUCGCGCUUCUGACGGCGGUCGCGAACUCGCAGACCCCCGUGAGGAUAUUGAUCGCCCUCGAAGAAGCGGACGCCUCCGUCAACGGUCUGAUAAACGACGCCGUCUCGUACGCGGAGAAGGACUUCAGCGAGGGCGUCAUCAGCGUAGAGGUUUCCACCGUCCAGGUCGCCAGGGAGUACGAGGACGAGAGCUUCGAGAGCGCCUGCGCGCUCCUUUACCGCGGCGUGAGUUUGAUCCUGGACAUGACGUGGACCGGAUGGCACAAGCUGAGAGACAUAGCCGCCGAUUCGGCGAUCGCCUACGUCCGCGGUGACGGGGUCUCGACUCCGUUCGUUCAGGCGAUGGACGACUUGCUGACGGUGAAGAACGCCACGGACGCCGCGUUGAUAUUCGAGUCGGAAAAAGAAUUGAAUCAAACGCUUUACUACCUGAUCGGCUACUCGAUUAUCCGUGUUGUUGUUUUGGACGAGCUGACCGAAGCGUCAGCGAUGAAGGUCAGGGCGAUGCGUCCCUCGCCCUCUUACUACACUAUCUACGCUACUACGUCGAACAUGGAGACGAUAUUCAAGGCGGCGAUAGACGGUGGUUUGGUAAAGCGAGAUGGCACCUGGAACCUGGUCUUCACGGACUUCAAUUAUCAGGACUUUCGAUACCUGAGCGGGGAUCUGGAAUUGAACGUUUCCGUCAACGUCCUCACAAUGAAAAACGAGGUCUGCUGUCGUCUGAUCGGAGAAUCACCGUGCACCUGUCCAAAUGAUUUUCAGACAUUUCCGCGAUAUUUUAAACGCUUGAUCGGUUUACUGGUGAGCGUGAUGAGCGAGGUACAAAAAUCUGGGGUCACAAUCGAGCCGAAGAAAAUCAACUGCAAUCAGGGGAUCGAGGUAUCCACGGACAACGCGACCGUCCAGGCUUUCAAAAAGAACUUGUUGACGAAAUUGAACACCAACGACACCUUCGAUUACAUCGCCGAAAGGAACGUGAUAAGUUACCAAGCCGCCAUUGACAUCAGAAGCAUUGUUCAGGGUAGGUCGCGAAAAAUUGGCGAAUGGAGCCGUCAGCGAAAAAUCACCACGGAGAAAGGGAUGGAAAUCAGUCCGGCGAGAAGAUUCUUCAGGAUCGGAACCGCGGAGGCCAUUCCCUGGUCGUACGUCAAGCGGGAUCCGGUAACCGGGCACCCGCUCCUCGACGAGGAAGGCGAGGAGAUUUGGGAGGGUUACUGCCUCGAUUUGAUCGCGAAGUUCGCCGAACAGAUGGACUUCGAUUACGAACUCGUCAUUCCGUCCACACGGGAUUUCGGACAAAGGCUGCCCAAUGGUAAAUGGACCGGACUGGUCGGGGACUUGCUUCGCGGGGAAAUCGACAUCGCGGUGGCGGCUCUGACUAUGACGUCAGAGCGAGAAGAGGUAAUAGAUUUCGUGGCUCCGUAUUACGAGCAGUCCGGGAUUCUGAUUGCGAUUAGGAAACCCGUUCGAAAGACGUCUUUGUUUAAAUUCAUGACUGUCCUGAGGUUGGAGGUGUGGUUGAGUAUCGUGGGGGCGUUGACGGUAACCGGAGUGAUGAUUUGGCUUCUGGAUAAAUACUCACCUUACAGCGCACGAAAUAACAAAAAGCUCUACCCCUACCCGUGCCGAGAUUUUACGUUGAAAGAGAGUUUCUGGUUCGCUUUGACAUCGUUCACCCCCCAAGGUGGAGGUGAAGCUCCGAAGGCUCUUUCGGGUAGGACUUUGGUCGCAGCUUACUGGCUUUUCGUGGUCUUGAUGUUGGCUACCUUUACCGCGAACCUGGCAGCCUUUUUAACGGUGGAAAGGAUGCAGUCACCGGUACAAUCUUUGGAGCAACUGGCCCGUCAAUCGCGUAUCAAUUACACCGUUCACGCGAAUUCCCACGUUCAUCAAUAUUUCAUCAAUAUGAAAAACGCCGAGGACAAGCUCUACACCGUUUGGAAGGAGAUAACCCUGAACAGCACGAGCGAACAGGUCGAAUACAGAGUGUGGGACUAUCCGAUAAAAGAACAAUACGGCCACAUACUGCAGGCCAUCACUCAGGCGGGCCCUGUCGCAACUGUUCCCGCCGGAUUUCAGAAGGUAGUCGACAGCGAGAACGCUGAAUUUGCCUUCAUCCACGACUCCGCUGAGAUAAAGUACGAGGUAACGAAAAACUGCAACCUCACCGAGGUCGGGGACGUGUUCGCGGAACAGCCCUACGCGAUAGCUGUUCAACAGGGAAGCCAUCUCCAGGAGGAGAUCAGCAAGAGAAUUUUAGACCUCCAAAAGGACAGGUACUUCGAAACCCUUGCCUCCAAGUACUGGAACCAAUCUCUGAGGGCUUCUUGUCCGAACUCGGACGACAGCGAGGGGAUAACUCUGGAAAGUUUGGGAGGCGUCUUCAUAGCGACUCUCUUCGGGCUGGCGCUCGCCAUGAUCACGUUGGCUGGGGAGGUGAUUUAUUACCGUAAGAAGAAUGCCGCUCGCAAAAAUCCGAAGCCUGCCGUCCAAACGAGAACAACGAGAAAAAUGCCGGAAACCUUACAGAUGAAACCCGCGCCGGUCGUAUCUCUCGUCGACAGACCGAAGCAAAACAUCCAACCGAGGGUCUCGCACAUUUCCGUUUACCCGAGAAAUUUUGCAUUCAAGGACUAGAACGGUGAUUUCCGACCCCCGAUAUCCUUUUUUUUUUCAUUCCCAUCGUAUUGUUUUCGGUCGCAUGCACCGAACCACCAAUCGAGGUUCCGAUACUCUGUCAAGUUUCGGCGUUCACGAUGUAAAGUCUGAAAUCCGAAAUUACAGGCCAUCGCUAUCGAUCGGUGAUCCGAUAACUUCUGUAUUCUUAUUGUACAUCGUGUACCGGUUGUACUUGUCGUUGAAAUUUUGCCAGGUGAACGGCGUUCGAUCGUUGCGCAAACGAUUUCUGCAUUUCAUUGUCUCGAUAAUUUCGAGGAUCGCGCGGGUGGAAGCGACACCUUGUCGCUGGUGAUAGAAAAAUUUCAAAUCGCCCGAUAAAUUCGUUCGAGCAAUUCACUCGAACGCUCUCAUUUGGCACGGCUCGCAACGAGCGCGCUGUACACGAAAAAAUCACGGUGCUUUCACGUCGAUCGCCGCUCGACUGCGGGAACGUUUGCCGCGCGAGAAAAAAAUGAGGCAGGCGAUCGAAGCCCUGCAAUAAUUUCAAUCGAGAGAUCUCUUCACUCGGAACCUGCGGGCGUGCGUGUCCCUCGAUAAACUUUGAGGACGUACACCACCGCGGACAGACGAAGGAAACUUCAGCCGUCCGUGAAAUCGCCGGUGAGCGCGCGCGCGCGCGGGUAAGUGAAAAGCGAGCAUCGACAGAAUUUUCGGAAGAGGAAUCGCGGAGGCAGCGACGUCUUCGUCCGAGACGACUCGUCGUAGGGUCGUCGGGAUAUCGGUCUUUGCCCGAUCGGGAAUAUCGUCGUUCGGCUUUCAGCGGGGUCCGGAGCAGACGGACUCAUUAAGACGCAUGAACGCCGAUCGAUUGUCGGUUCGAGAGGGCAACGCUCUCUUGACGCUUUCACCUUGCAUUGUGUUUCCCUUUUUCUUAUCGCACAAAUGAACACAACCGACGAACGAAGCGCACGAAAAAUAUAACACUCGGCGGUCCGGUCGUUCGGUGGUCGGUCGGUGGGAGUCGGUGAAAAUUACAAAGAAACGACGAGAGUCGUGACGAAAUCUUAACUACGGACGACCGUUUGUGGGAGGAUAAUUUCAUUUGCAUCUCGUUCGACAACGUAAUAGCCUCUGUUGCCUUAUGAUACGCGCGAGAAAAAUGAGCGUCGUGUUAUUGCCGCCGGACGACACCGACGUGGGAAACGAGCAAUUUUACGAAGGUAUAUCGGGGGUACGCCCGAAUCCACGGAGAUACGGAAGGGUGCUGGGGAAUGUUUCGUUCCUCCGUAUCCCGAUAUUCGAGGAAUAUUUUUUACAUUACGUUGUAUAAUCCGGUAACGCGCACCGCCGCUCAUUAUGCGUCCGGACAAAAAAAAAAUCCUAGCGCCUCAUAACGUCAAAACUCGUAGAAACGUUGCGUUUGGAAACGUUACCCAGUCAACCGGGCGUAAAUAUGACACGGGGGAGACAAGAUCUUGGAAACGUCAACGCCAAGCGGAAGUGACGGUUAGCCGCCUCAAUCCUAAUCCACUGUAUUACGCACGUUCUAUACACCGUGUAAAUGUGCACCACGCCGUGUCAUGGUGUAAAUUAAUAAAAUCCCGAUCAUCUACCCAA